AUGUCCCAACUAUUCUUAUGGUUGGUGGAUUUUCCGAGUCCCCCAUGCUCCAAGAUGUUAUACGGAAGACCAUGCCGGACAAAAGAAUCAUUAUACCAGCAGACCCAAGGCCUUGCGGUGCUUAAAGGGGCUGUUAUUUUUGGUCAUAAUCCGUCUGUCAUACAGGAAAGGCGCUGCAGAUACACAUACGGAGUCAAAACAUCUGUACCUUUUAAGGCGGGAGUCCAUCCAGAGGCCAAGAAAUUUGUUGACGAUGACGGAGAUGUUCUGUGUGCUGACGUAUUUGAUAGGCAUGUAAAGAUUGGACAGUCGGUUGAAUAUGGAAUGAGCCAGGUCACAAAGUCAUACGUGCCAACAUCAAAAGACUCAAAGGCAAUGGUGUUUUCAUUUUAUGCUUCUGACCAGGCGGAACCGACAUUUGUCACGGACCAAAGUUCUACACUUCUUGAGAAGCUGACUGUAGACAUUGGUGGGUCAGGCACGGAUAGGUCAGUGAGUGUACAAAUGACAUUUAGUGGGACUGAGCUUAAAGUAGAGGCAGUGGAACAACAGACUGGAAAGAAAACAAAAGCGAAGUUUGACUUCCUUGGCUAA